AUGACAGUAUUUUUUUCAAAGACAUCCCAUCUAAAUUUUCGUUCUCCCCAGAAGCCACCUCGUGGAUGCACGCACAUUUACCUGAAGUUCACGACCGACUUCGUCACACCCCAUGGAGAUCAUGAAAGUGCCCUGGAGGAAUAUCUCAACCUAUUGAAAAUCUGGCAGUCAAAGGAGGACAAAAACCAAUGUGCUCUUGCAAACAGGUUUAUAGCCGACUGCUGUAUCGAGUUGGGUGAUUUUGACAAGGCAAUUAGACACACCCAUGACUAUUUGGCGCUCGCGGUUGAGACAAACAACAAACUCGAGCAACAACGAGCUUUUGUCACCCUUGGACGGUGUUUCCUCAACCGGGCUGAGUCUCAAAAAGAUGGGCACAGCAUUAUGAAAAGCCUAAACUCAGCUUCCCAAGCACUUUUGAGUAGCAUCAAGUUGAUAGGCGACCUAGCCACAACGCUUACUCCAACACAGUUGGGCGAAAUGCGAGCUGUAUCCUUACUUAAUCUUGGUCAGGUGUUGCGUGCCCAGCUUGACUAUGCUUCGGCCAGCGAGCGCUUUAACCAAUGUAUUUCACUAGCUAGAAAGUACCAGCUUCCUAAGGUGCUGUUUCGAGCCUGCUAUCAGUUAAGCGAUUUGGCGAUAAACACUCCACACCAGACGAUUUCGAAGCCGCUCUCUCGUUCUGCCUUGUUUCAGCAAUGUCGCACACCAUUUCGUAGUGUUCUUGAAACUCUCAGUUCCGCAUUACGAUCCACGCUUUCCAAGUCCUCUGCAGACAGUGAGGCUAAGGAUUUGCUGAAAAGCCUGAAAGAAUCCUACGCCUGUUUACACCUGACAAUGGGAGAGUUUCGAAAGACCGCAAAAGUUUAUCGGCUGCUCAAACUUGACUCUCCGUGCUCCUCCGAUGUUUGUCGAGACCUAAUUCGCAAAUGUAUGCUUGCCUUUAGUUUAGUUGUCUAUCAAAUCUUUUGCU